AUGGUGAUCGUAAGUGAGAACACCUCAAGCACCCUGACUGUGCCUACUCCCCAGAGGAGUAAUACUACCCGAUUUGUCCAAAUCAUUAUUGGAUCAAUCCCGAUCAACAUGUAUCCUACAGAUUCAGUCCUGAUGACUUCCACCAAUAAAACUAGUGAAGAAAGUCAAAAGGACAACUUUGAGGAGAACGCUAAGGUCUAA